AGCUGCGCCUCUGGCGGGACAGGGGGCGGUACCAUGGCGCCUCCCGGGAUUGGUGGUGUCGUAUUUAAGUCCGGGAGAAGUGUCUGUCUCUGUCACUUGAGCAGGAGUAAGCGGCAUAGGGAGAUUUUUAGGGACAAUAGUUGACAAGACUGGCCUUUAGAAAAUGGCUGCUGCUUCACCUCUCGGUAGACUCUUCAGUGAGGUGACCUGCUCCAUCUGUUUGGACUUCUUCCAGGAGCCAGUCACUCUGGAAUGUGAGCACAAUUUCUGCCGGCUGUGCAUCUCACGGAGCUGGGAGCAGGGCGAAGCCUUCUACUCCUGCCCUGAGUGCAGGAAAGUGUUCAGGGAGAGGAGGCUGAAACCCAACCGGCUGUUGGCCAACAUCGUGGAAGGCGUGAAGGAGCUGAAACCAGAGCCCCGCUGGGGGAGCCCCACCUUCUACUGUCAGAGGCACGACGAGAAACACAAGCUCUUCUGUCUGGGGUGCCAGGGUCUACUCUGUGUGGUAUGCUCAUGCUCCAGUGAACACAGUGGUCACAGAGUCAUCCCCAUUGAGGAGGCUUCCGUCAUGUAUAGAGAAAUGUUGGAAAAAGCCAAAGAUUUUCUCCAUGCCCAAAGAGAGCAGGCAGGUCAACGUCAAAGCCAGCAAGAAGCAAAGAUUUCCAAAAUCAAGGAGAAAGGUGAAUUGCUAAAGGAGCAGGUUAAGGCUGAUUUGGCCGGCAUCUAUCAGUUUCUCGAUGAGAAGAAGCGGGAGCUUGAGGCAAAGAUCGAUGAGGAGGUCUGCAAGACAAUUCGGCCCUUGCAAGAGGACCUGGUGAAGAUCUGCCAGGGUGCCUCCGAGAUUGAGCAAACGUAUCAAGAUACGCAGGUACAACUGAGCUUCAAAGAGCCGCAGGAGCUGCUUCAGGAUAUCAAGCAGCUGUUGGACAGGUGCAAGCAGAAUCACGUCGCACCAGCAGAUAUUCCCACUGACCUCCACGUUGACUCUAUCAUCACACCUUUCCGCUAUAUUAAGAUCUGGGAUGAAAUUAAAGUACUUGUGCCGGCCCGAGAGUCCCUGAGGCUGGAUGCCAGGACUGCGCACCCCCGGCUCGUCCUCACUGAGGACCUCUGCAGCGUGGUGGACAGCGGGAAACGGCGGGAGUGCACACUGGGCCCACAGCGUUUCGACUACUGGCUGUGUGUGCUGGCCACCAGCUGCUUCCAGUCAGGGAGGCACUACUGGGAUGUGGAGUUGGGGGGCAAUAACUCCUGCGUCCUCGGGGUGGCCAGCGAGUCAGCCAACCGGCUGAUUAAUGGCCCACUCAUGCCAAAGCAGGGCUACUGGGUGCUGGAGUUGAUCAAAGGGAACUUGGUCAACCUGGACGGGCUGGGUGCCCGCAGCCUCCCCCUUCGCCACCAGCCACGUGCCAUCCGGGUUUACCUGAACUAUGAGGAAGGUCAGCUUUCCUUCUACGACGCCGACAACCUGUGCCACCUCUACACCUUGCGGGACAGCUUCACACAGAAGCUCUUCCCACUCUUUAACCCCCACAACAAGAAGGAAGGCAUCUGCGAGCCACUCAGGCUGCGUAACCACGUGCCAAAAAAACAUUUCCCGAUCCCGGAGUCGGACUUAGAAAUGGCGAACUUUGACGUGCUGAAGUCGAUGCAGGAUGAAGCGAUUUGUCCUAUAUGUCUGGAGUUCUUCGUUGACCCUGUGACAAUCGACUGUGGUCACAACUUUUGCCGGGCCUGCAUUUCAAAGCACUGGGGAUCCAAGAGAGGGACGGCCUCUUGCCCCCAAUGCCGGGCUCAGCUGCCCCAGAAGACACUCAGACCGAACCGGUUCGUGUCCAACAUCGUGGAGAAUGUCAUGAAGCUAAAGCUAGAGGAGAUGUCGGCACAGCCGGAGCUCCGUUGCCAGGAGCACGACGAAAGGCUGAAGCUGUACUGCAGCGAUGAUCAGCGGCUGAUCUGCGUGGUGUGUGCGGCCUCCAGAAAUCACCAGGGUCACCACACCAGUCCCGUCGGCGAAGUCGCCGAACACUACAAGGGAGUUCUGCGGAACGAGAUAGAUUUACUCAAUAAACAACUACAGGAGAUUUGUAGAAGUCUGGAUGAAGAAGAAACAGACAUAAAUAAUCUGAAGAAACAAUCUCUGAAACUGCAGCAGAACAUUACAUCCAAGUUCAAGCAACUGCAUGAGUUUCUGCAUGAGGAGGAAAAGAGCUUAAAGACAAAAUUGGAGGAAAAAGUGGACACCAUAUUGCAACAAAAGAAUGAAAACUUGAAGACAAUCUCUGAACAGCACAGUUCCUUUAAACAAGCAGUUUCGGACAUGCAAGGAAAACUGAAUCUGGAAGAUGCGGAAUUUUUGCAGGAACUAAAAUCCAUUCUUGGCAAGUGUUCCGAUCUGCAGUUCAAACAGCCCCAGAGAGUUUAUGUUGAUCUCAACCAAGGUGAUAUUAGUGGCCCUUUUCAGUACAGCACGUGGAAGCGGAUGCUAAAGGUGAUUAAUCCAGUUCCAUUUGCUCUGAAGUUGGAUCCCGAUACAGCACAUCCAAAGCUCGUCCUUUCCAGCGACCAGACCACUAUGAGACUCGGUGAUAAGCAGAAGGUCCCGGACAAAGCAGAGCGAUUCACAAAGUGGCAUAGUGUUUUGGCUCUGCAGAGCUUCAGAACAGGGAGACACUACUGGGAACUGGAAGUAGGGAAGAACAGCAUGUGGAGCGUGGGCGUGGUGAAGGAGUCUGUGCCAAGGAAAAAGGAAUUCACACCUGAGCCUAAAGCUGGAGUCUGGGCCUUGUGGCGCCUGGGAGAGGAAUACACCACUAUGAUUGCACCUCGUACAGCACUCCCUGUGAAAGUAAAACCCAGCAGGCUGGGAGUUUACCUGGACUAUGAGGCAGGUCAGCUAUCACUGUACAAUGCUGAUGACAUGUCACAUCUGUACACUUUCAAGGACAAGUUCACUGAGAAACUCUACCCUUUCUUCUUAACAGGUUGUAACAUUGAUCCAUUAGAAAUAUUCAACUUAAACAUUUAGGUUCAUUUAGGUUUUACAGGGAGCCACUUGAAACUGAUCCACUUGCAAGGAUAAGCAAUCUUUCACUGUUUAACAGAUUACGAUAUUGUGAGCAAGUGUAAGCAAUGUUUAAUUACUUUAUUAGAUGCCGAGACCCUGACCCUUGAAAUCUACAUCUCAAAUCUCUCUGUUAUGAUUUCCUACCAUGCGUCAGAUCAAUUAACACUAAGUAAUUGAUACAUCUUCACUUACUUCUAAUCUUCCAACUUAAAUGUGUACUAAAUUCUAGAAGUUCCCACACUGGUCAGAGAGACUAAUUUUCAAAGCUCUGUUCCCAAACACUCUGCAAUUGGGAAUGGACUGUGCAGCCAUCCUUUAGCUUAAUGUGGUAUGUGGAGCAAUUUUGUAACCUAUGAGUUCCUGGCUGUAAACCAGGACUGCAACAUCCUUUCACACAGUCAUUUCAUAGACGUUUUGGAAUGCUAAACCAGUGGCAGGAUUGGGGGGGUGUCUCAGUAUUUUCCACUUUUUUUUUCAGAUUUCCAGCAUCUGAAGAGAUUUUUCUGUAAUUUUAGUUUACCCAUGAUUUUGUCUUUUUAAUUACUUUCUCAACCUGCUCUUGGUGAAUUGUGUACACAUAUCCUUGUAUCUUCUUGUUUAUCUGCUCUGGUUAGAAUUAUUCUUGAUUUCAUAUUGCCUCAAUCUAUUCACCCUGCAGAAAUAUAACAGAUUACACUCUGUAAGCUGUGUUCCAUAUAUAUUGAAUAGUCCCGAUGAAGCCCAAAAUGUCCUUUGUACUCUUUUCCAUAGAUGCUGCCUGGCCUGGUGAGUUCCUCCAGCAUUGUGUGUGUUGUGUGCAUUUCCAGCAUCUGCAAAUUUUCUCUUGUUUGUAAUCCUACUCUUCCUGUCUAUCACUGAUCUUGAUAGGUUACUAUCCUCCUGAGAUUUCACCACACUAUCAUCUUCAAAUGUGGAAAUUAUAUCGGGCACACCAAAAUCCAAGUCCUUAAAUGAAAUAAGAAAUCAUUGAUCCGAGUGUAGAUUCUCUGGGUAACUUCAAUGUAAAAAGUCUUGAAUACUUGGUAUUGUGUUUCCAAGUCAAUUUUCUAUCCACACUGCUACUGCUUCCUUAAUUUCAGUGCUUUGAAUCUUGAUUGCAGACUUGUGUGCUUUAUUUAAUGGCUGUUGGAAGCCCAAAACUACCAAAUCCAAAGCAUUUCUUCAUUGAUUCUCUCUAUCACAUCACUUGUUAUUUCAAAGGUUUGGUAGGUAGAUGACCAGUUCUGCUGCAAAAUUUACUCUAACUCAACUCAGCAUAUCAUCCAGACCUGGUUGCCUUGCUGCCUCCAGCUCUAUUGGAUGUACUUUGUUAGAGAAGUAUGUUUUAGGAGAAUGGUAACCCUGUGCACCAGCACCUAAUACUAUUCUUUGCAAAUGAGGUUUGUUGAUGAUUUGAUUGUGUAAACAGCCAGUUGUUUAUGCUUCACUUUAAUUUUGUAUACUAAACAUGCCUUGAAUGUAUCUUAAUAAAUGUUGGGAUAUACGAUGAAUUUUAACAAAUGUUUCAACCGUUUGGGACAUAUAGUUGAAGAUUGCAGUCUAACAGUGAAUGAUCAUCUCAGUCAAUUUCCUUCUCAUUCCAUAACCCUUUUGGUUAUUGGUGUUGUGGAAUGCUGUAAUUCAUUGGCUUUUUGGCAAGUGAUGGGAGAGCUAAAUGGCCUCUGUCAUAGCAAGGACUAAGCCACAACCCACAGUGCAGCCUGUUUGCAGCUACGCAGGGGGAGGUGAAGGAGUUGAAUGCCCCACUAGAGUGCUGGAGACAGUGUGGCAAGGUAUCCAUCCUGCUGCCCUGCAACCAUAAAUAUUCACUGAGCAGAAGACUGCAGACAGCUGCAUCAUUCAUGGACUCUGGGACUUUGAUUAUAUUUCUUCGUGUGACUGUUAUUUACUAUGUUUUUCACCUUGGCCUCAGAGUAACCCUGUUUGGCUGUAUUCAUUGGUAUUCAUGUGUGGUUGAAUGACAAUAAACAUGAACUUGAACUGGA